UGCCUAUACGUAUAUUAUGUUAUUCAAAGGAGCUGCUUCUGCUACUUUGGAUCGACGAUUUCAAUUAGGUACCAAAGUCAACGACUUAUUCUCGUUCUAAGCUCGGGCCUUCUCGUAUCUCCUAUAAAUUUUUAAUUUUUAAUAAUCUCUAUGUAUCUAUCGUAUAUAGAGUAAGUGAAUAGUCGCAUCGACCGCAGCAAGUGUGGUUUUCGUGAGAAGAAAAACAAACUCAAAUUAUUAGUGACUGUGCCAGUUGUUCUCGAGUAGGAAAAACGAUAGAAAUGAAAGCUCUAGAUUGGAGGAGCUUGAUAAGCAUUGCCAGUCGAGUGAGCGAAGAGGAAAAACGGCGAUUGCUCCUUGAUGGCAUAUAUCGUGUUAUCCAAAAUUGGCGGGGCCCAUUACCAGAUCUUUUAGAGAUCUUUCGACCCGAAAAAAUCGAGUGUCUUCUCUCGUACGCCGUAACGGACCAAGAGGGCGACGAGAAGGCAAGAAUACGAUUCAUCAAGUUCGUGGUUGACACCGGCUACAGAGACCAGCCCAAAGUUGGCACAGACGGACAGUACGUGUUGCAUCGCACCACACCGAUACAUCUCGUUUUGCGCGCCAAAAUCGACAACUGGGAUGCAACCGCGACGAACAUGGCCCAGUUGCUAUUUGUAAUCUACAACCGAUUUGAUCUCAACUACAUCGACGAAAGUGGAUUCACUCAUUUUCAGGCGGCUUGCUUUGUCCCUAAUCGACAGCGACUCGUCAGGAAAUUUCUCCAAAACGGUCAGAAUCCUAAUUUUUUGGUAAAAGGUUAUUCGCUGCUACGAUCGGCUCUGCGCGAUGGCUCGCAGUUGGCCCCGGAGCUACUGAGAAGAGGCGCCGAUCCGACUUGGCUCGAUGCCGAUGGAUCCACUGCUCUGCACACUAUUUGCCGGGAUGCUCGGGUGGAAUUGCUGCAGUCAUUCUUCGAGGUCGUCGAUUACCACGGAAAGCCAGUGCAGAUCAAUGUCCGCGACAGCUUGGGUAACACACCACUGCACUUGGCUGUGGAGAGCGGCAACGUGACGACGUUCGAAUUACUGCUGACGAGAGGCGCCGAUGUGAAUUUGGUCAACGAGGAAGGAUCGACACCUCUGCACUUAAUUUGCCAGAGACUCGAUAGCUACAGGUUCGUUGAGGUAUUAUUCAAGAUCGCCAACGACAUCGGGAAGCCAGUGUGGGUCGAUGUCCCGGAUAAGGAGGGUAACACAGCCCUGCACUUGGCUAUACGUCACAGAAGCACGAGGACGUCCGAAAUACUACUGGUAAACGGCGCCAAUCCGAAUCUGGCCGAUAAGGAUGGAUAUACUGCUCUGCACCUCAUUACCAAGAUCAGAUGCUACCAAGCGAUGAAGCAAUUCUUUCAGAUCGUCGACAAAACGCAAGAGAAGUUGCAGAUCGAUGCUCGGGACAACAAGGGCUGGACACCAUUGCAAAUGUCUGUGUGUUCGGGCAGCAGAAGGAAGUUUCAAAUGCUGCUGAGAAGGGGCGCCGAUCCAAAUGCAAUCAAUCAUAAUGGACAGACCUUUCUGCACUUUCUUAGUAGCAUAAGCUGCUAUGAUUUAAUGCGGCAAUUCUUCAAGAUUACCGCCGACAUGCGGCAGCCAGUGGAGAUCGAUGCUCGGGACACGACGGGCCGGACUCCGCUGUCCUUGGCUCUGUUCAACGCAAACACGAGGAUGGCCGAAGAGCUUCUGUGGGCGGGCGCCGAUCCGAAUUUGGCCGAUAACGAGGGAUGGACUCCUCUGCACGUCAUCUGCAUCAAAUGCAAUCGGUUUUUGGAAAAGUUUUUCGAAGUCAAUGCCGAGAGACAGAAACCAGUGGAGAUCAAUGCCAAGACCAUCGAUGGUAGAACACCGUUGAACUUGUUAAGGGAUCGCAAACCCAGCAACUAUGAGAAAACGUCGCGAUAUUUGGAGGCACUAGGCGCCGAGCUUGACUAACAAUGAAAGAUCGACUGCCAAUCUGUGAAUCAGCGACGAUAAGCCUAUCUGCCAUAUUUUUCGGGGCUCAGUGUUAUUUAAGGUCGCAUAUUUUCCAUAUCGCUCAAAUAAAUGAAAAAUUGUUUU